UGUAGAAUAAAUAUGAGACCCAUCACUAUUCCUCACAUACAUUCACGUAGCCAUCGUAUUCUUAAGCAUUCGAGGCCAAGAAGAAGCACAAAAAUGAAGCCAAAUGUAUUGAAUAUGAAGAAUAUCAGACCUUUCAUGGAGGCAGAACAGCAUCAAAACAAAGAACCUCAAAAUGAGCAGAGAAGAAAUUUGAAAAUAACCACUAAUUUCUUGGAUACAGAUCAUGUCAUGAGUCAAAUUCAAGGUUCAUUGACCAACCCAAGAACCAGGUUCCCAAAUACUGCACGAGGACUAGAGAAGCAAAUAUUAAACAAUGUAAAUCAAAAGAUUGGGUUCUCAAAUAAAAGAUUAAAAUCAUCCUUCAGACCCAAAAGAGCAUUGCCAUCAGAUGUUCCGAUAAUAAAAAUAGAAAAUUCUUCAAAAGAAAUGAUUGUAGAUGAUUCUCAAAAGAAGAGUUCAGAAUAUUCUUAUUCUCCAAAUGCAAAAGCUUCUCAUGCAGACAUGCCUCUGAAUAAGUCUUAUUCAAGUCCACUUACAUUAGCUGAGUUACCUUUAAAAUAAGAUUAAAGAAACAACUGAUACAAAUCUAAAAGAACCUGUGAUGCAGGCGCAUGAAAGGGACUUGUUCACACCACAGGCAAGAUCUGGACAUAAUAACUUUAUCCCUGAUCAGAAGAAGCGGGGAGCAGCAGUGUUCAAGAUAAAAAGAGGGGAGACAGUUGCUUUCAAAAGAAAUAGCUCAAUUUCUGAUUUUAGCAAUGCACUCUAAGCUUCAUUAAGAGCAAGGCUCAAGAGAGCUAUGAUAGUAUAAAUCUCCAGAAAGAGCUCAUUGAGAUCUUUGGAGACACGACAAGUGUGUUCUCCGGAAAACCUGAUUCCAAAUCAAUAGGAGUCGUAUUUAGAGCACUUGAUAGACUCUCCAAAGUAGAAGGGAAUUUGAAGUAUUACUUCAGAAUGAUGUACAAUAUUAUGUUAAAAGCUAUUUAUUGUAAAGUCAUCGAACUCCCUGAGAUCCUGCUGGAGCAGUUGAAGGAAAAGAAUCUGGAUUACUAUUCUGAUCCAAAUAACUUCAUUCCUUAUUUUGAAUCUAAUGAAGAAUUAAUGAAGACAUUAAAUUCUGUUAUUAAAACAGCCCAAAAAAUUGAGAAAGAAAGCAAAAGUAAGGUUAUUGAGAUGGAAGCAGAGCUCAGAGGCUGCAAGGAAUUUACUAAGCAACUCGAGAAAGAAGUCAUCGCAAUUAGGUCUACUGUUAAGACCAGGACUUUAGAGAGAUUUAUAGAUCUUACCCAAGAAAAUGCUAAACUUGUCAAAGAACUUAAUAUACUUAAGUAUAAAAUGAACGCUAAUGAUGAUCAAGUAGAAAAGAAUUUAAUGAAACUCGAGAUAGAAAAGCUUAAACAGGAGUUAAAAACUACACGAUUAUCACAACAAAAUCAAGCUUCAUCUGCAGUAAAUUCAAGCAAAUCGAUUAUAUCAAUCAAAGAUCACGAGGCCGUUCCAUAGUACCCUUUAAUGGUAGAAUUCAAUUAA